GACGGUUCUGUUAACCGCUCGCAAGGACAAUAGCAAUCGUAAUUAUCAUUUUAAUGAGAAAAGGCAGGGCGGGAAAUUGGGAGUGGGGGGAGCGGUGGGUGCACGCUGGACGUGCCUGAAAAAGUUUUUAAUUUUUUUUUUAAUUAAUUUAUUUUUUUUUGCAACAAUUGAGUUGAGGCUUCCGUCAUGCUGCUCCGCUGUCACAAGCGUGCUUGGUAGCGAGCGGUUCUGGUCGCUGGUCGUGUUGGGAACGAGACUCGGCGAGGCGGUGAUAUGAGCAGCAUGCCGUACGAGGACCGUCUGAACCGCGUGUGUGGCUUCCUGGAUAUCGAAGAGAAAGAGAACAGCUGCCGUUUCCAGAGGCGCUACUUCAUCCUGGACACCAAGAGGAACGUUCUCCUGUGGUACAUGGACAACCCUCUGAACCUGCCCAGUGGAGCGAGCUUUGUCGGCAGCCUGAAACUAACCUACAUCUCCAAGGUGAACGAAGCGACAGGGAAGCAGAAGCCCAAGACAGAGUUCUGCUUUGUCAUCAACGCAGUGUCCCGAAGGUACUUCCUCCAAGCCAACGACGUGACUGACAUGCGGGACUGGGUCACUGCUCUCAACCAGGCCAGCAAGAUAACUGUUCCUAAGUCUGGUCCCGCGCCGCCGAGAUCUGACGUGGCCGCGGUUAUCAGCGACGUUUACGGAGGUGGCAAGCAGCAGGCGUACAAGACGGAGAUCCACGGGGGCGUGGUGGUGCACACCCCCAUCCAGAACGAGGGCAUCAAACCUGGCGUGCUCCGGUUCGGUUACUGUGUCAAACAAGGCGAUCUGAGAAAAAGCUGGAAGAGACGCUUUUUCACCCUGGACAACAACGCGGUCAGCUACUACAAAUCCGAGACGGACAAAGAGCCUCUGCGAGCCAUUCCACUCCGGGACAUUCAGAAAGUCCACGAAUGUCUGGUCAAGUCGGGUGAUCUCCUGCAGCGAGACAACCUAUUUGCGAUCAUCACCGGAUCCCGGACCUUCUACAUCCAGACAGACUCCCCGGAAGACAUGCACGGCUGGAUCAGGGACAUUGACGUGAAGAUUCAGGACUUCAGAGGCCCCCCCAAGGGACCUCCGUUCAAAAGAGCCGCUUCUGCCUAUCGAAGUCACAACGCCUCGGCAAGCGGCGGCCACCGAGCCGCGCAGCCGCGCCCGACUCUGGUCAAGUCGUGCUCCGUGGCGCCGGGCUGGCAGCCGUGGACGCCCAUCCCCGCGAACGAGCCCUCCAUCUUAGACGGCGAGGACGACAGCGCGUUCAGCGCCGUCCCCACGUCGGCCUCGCUCUCGUCCUCCCCCAACUCUUCGUCCACGUCCUCCUCCUCUAACUCCCUGUCGAUCCCGGCCCCCUGCCCCGGCGCGCCCAGUGGCAUCGGCCUGGGCCUCCUCGCGGCGUCCGGAGACGCGGCGUGCGGCCGUCGGCGGCACCGCUCGCAGCCGCAGUCCCGCACGGGCUCCGUGUUCCCCUUCCUGGAUGACGACAGCAUCCGCACCACUGACGUCUAAAAGGUUCCGUGCGGUUCCGGGAUGCUUCUCGUGACCUGCUUUGACGUGAACGCGACCGGUCAUUGAAGUGUUCCCCGCUGAUCAGGUGACCCUGCGUCAAUGUCAUGACUGAAGUUGCGCUGCACACGUUAUGGGGAACAAUAGUGUAGUUUAUAAAAGGGCUGGUAAAAAAACAAACAAACAAAAAAAAAAUAGGAUGAAGCAUUUUGUUGUCGAUGUUUUGUGCAGCUUCCUCUAAAAACUUGAAUUAUAACGUUGAGUUGUUCUUGCAGGGCUACAAACGACGAUGGCACAUGCUUUUAACCCUUUGCACUUGUCUUCGGUGAGACGCGUUCUCGGCACAAAAAUAACAUGCUACAAGUUCUCAGGCGUGGACUUUCUUGUUUCUUUUUAAUUGAUUAAGCGCUGGCGGCACGGUGCCUCAGCUGGUAAAGCGUCGGCCUCGCAUUUCUGACGACCCGCGUUCGAUCCUGUGUGGAGUUUGCAUGUUCUCGCCGUGCCUUCGUGGGUUUUCUCCGGGCACGCCGGUUUCCUCCCCCAUCCCAAAAACAUGCAACAUUAAUCGGACACUCUAAAUUGCCCAUAGGUGUGAUUGUGAGUCUGACUAUGUGCCCUGCGACUGGCCGGCGACCAGUUCAGGGUGUACCCCGCCUCCUGCUCGUUGACAGCUGGGAUAGGCUCCAGCACUCCGGCGACCCUUGUGAGGAUAAGCGGCACAGAAAAUGGAUGGAUGGAUGGAUUUAACAAGGUGGAAAACUAAAAAACUGCAUGUCCUC